AUGGCUGUCUGGUCGCAGCUCGCACUCGCAACCUCGUCAGCGCCCAUCGCCCUGGUCGCUCUCUGCAUUAUCAUUGGAGCGUAUGUACGGUAUGUUAAGAGUGCCAAGUAUCGAUACCCCCCAGGUCCAGUGGCACUUCCUCUCCUCGGCAACGUCCACCAAUUGCCCAUGGAAUACCAGCAGCGUAGACUUGCUGAAUGGGGCGGAAUAUAUGGGGACAUUGUCUUCGCUAGGUUCUUCCGCACGCCUGUUGUCGUCUUGAACUCCAAAGAAGCUGCAGUGGAGUUAUUGGAGAAGCGCAGCGGGAAAUACUCGGACCGGCCACCUUUCGUCUUGCUCAAAGAACUUAUGGGCUGGGAUAGUGUACUCAACAAUCUUCCGUAUGGAGAACGCUUCCGAAAGCAAAGGAAGUGGCUUCAUGAUGCCUUCCUCUCCAAGGAUGCCCUGGUGAACUAUCGGCCCAUUCAGCGGCGGGAAACAUAUACGCUAUUGUCUGAACUCUGCGACAAACCUGAGCUCUUCAUGGAUCACAUCGUGCGAUGGGCCGCUGCUAUGGUGUUGGACAUCGCAUACGGCUACCGAGUCACUGGCCUUGGCGACGAACUGGUCGAGACGGCAGAGCGGACGACGGUGGAGACCGUUAUCGCCGGUAGCCCGGGUUCCAUGCUGGUAGACUUCUUCCCAAUUCUCAAAGGUAUUCCUCUCUGGAUGCCUGGUUCUGGAUUCAAGCGUCAGGCGCUUUACGUGAGGAGUCUAGUACGUCGGACGCUGGAUACGCCUUACGAGAUGGUGAAGCGUGACCUGAUGGCAGGCACCGCGGCUCCUUCGUUGACGGUCACGUUACUGGAAGAAGCUCUCGCAGUAGGCAAGCUCACGGCUGACUAUGAGGAGGACAUUAAAGGCGCCGCAGGUGUCAUUUAUGCUGCGGGAUCGGAUACGACGGUGACCACCAUGAAAACGUUCGUACUGGCGAUGGUACUCCAUCCGAAUGUCUAUCAGAGGGCGCGAGCGGAACUUGACCGUGUCAUCGGACCGGAGAGGUUACCCGAUUUCGAAGAUCGCGAAAGUCUUCCUUACUUGGAAUGUGUGGUCAGAGAAGUGUUCAGAUGGAAUCCUCCUGUACCUCUUGGCGUACCCCACAGGCUUAGUUGUGACGAUGUGUAUCGAGGUUACGACAUCCCCGACGGCUCUAUGGUUAUACCCAACAUCUGGUGGAUGACCCACAACCCAGACGUAUAUCCCAACCCAGAGAGAUUCGACCCAGACCGGUAUAUGCAGAUGUCGGCCGAAGACACCGCACGAGUCGAUCCCAGAGACGUCGUUUUUGGAUUCGGGCGGAGAAUCUGCCCUGGCCAAGCUUUCGCAGAUGCUAGCGUGUGGCUGGCGGCUGCGAGCAUCAUCGCCACCAUGGACCUCUCUUUCGCCAAAGACGACUUCGGUCGCGACAUCAUUCCAGAUGCUGCCUUCGUCUCUGGCUUCGUGAGUCAUCCGAAGGAGUUCAAAUGUGCCUUCCGGCCGCGGAGCGAUCGUACUCAAAGCCUUAUCGCCCACACGAACGCGAUCAACAUAGUAGCUUCAUAA